UCUGUACCUCCUUCCUGUUGAGAAGAGGGCAUGUCCUGGGUGGUGGGGGUCCCGAGUGAUGGUCCCCACCUUUACUGAGGCAUCGCCCCUUGAAGAUGUCCUGGAUACCACGAUGGAGCUGACUGAGUUUACAACUCUCUGCCCCUUAUUUCGAUCCUGUGCAAUGUUUCUCCCCACCCCCGUACCAGGCGGGAUUUUCUUGCAGGCAUUUCGAGAGAAGUAAAGAAGUUAGAAAAAUCUCUAUAUAUAGCCUGACAGCCAAUGUACAAAAGACUGAAAUAGUAAUGCUGAAAUAUAAACUGUAAAAAGUUCUUGAAAAUAUUGGUGCUAAUUUUUAAAAAAAUGAACGCAACGAAACAUACUAGAGCGUUUUAAUUAUCUUUCUUACAAAAGGAAAGGAACGCGUGAUUUAGUUAAUAUUUUGGAAAGACCGGAGAGAUCUGAUCAAUGUUUAAGUGUUAGACCCAAGGGCAGGGAUAACACAGGGCGUGUGCGUGAAUAAUCCUGAGACAUUCCUUCAUCACCGGCGGACUCAGCUCACCUGAGACACUCCCAGACAGGAGUGUCAGUUAAAAACAGAAGCUCACACAUGUCGAGGCAGAGACGGGGCUGCGCCAGGUGGGAUCACAUCACAAGACAGGCAACCACUGGGACAGGAGAUUUUACCAUCGGGCGUAUACUUUGAAGAAGUCAAAGAACAAUAAGAAGCUGCCUUUGAGUGUGGAGAUGUUGCUGCUGAUCCUGAGCCUGGCAUUGGCCUGCUGUGUAUCCGCGCAGGGGGACUGCUCCAGACAAGCGUGCUAUCCCCAACUCAGAGAUCUAACCGCCGGACCAGUAAGUAAGCUUCAAGCUUCAUCGACGUGCGGGCUCCAGGCAUCUGAGAAAUACUGCAGUGCAAAGACAUUAUAUGGGCGGGAAUUACUGCAGUGCUGCAUCUGUGACUCCAGGAAUGACUACAAUCCCGUGUACUUCACCAACAGCCACCGUAUCAGCAAUGUCAUUCCCUCAGACUCCCUGAGAAGCUGGUGGCAAUCAGAAAAUGAUCAGGAUCAAGUCUUCAUACAGUUAGACAUGGCUGAGAAGUUCCAACUGAAUGAAGUCAUGCUCAAAUUUAAGUCUCCUCGCCCUGCUGCUAUGAUGAUCGAGCGCUCAGAGGACAAUGGCCAGACCUGGAAACCCUACCAGUAUUUCGCCGACGACUGUGCCGCCACCUUCCCUCACAUCACAGCUGGCCGGCCGCAAAGCUUUGAUGACGUCCGUUGCCAGGAGCAACCUCGGACACACGGUCCGUCAGAUCAGGAGGUUGUAUUUAACCCCCUCAGCCUGGCUGACUACAUCAGCGCCACAAAGGGCGACAAGAUUAACAAUUUAACACCAUUUACAAACCUAAGGAUUAAUUUUAUCAAACCCUACAAGUCGCCCUCAUCUCAGCAGCUCAGCAACGUCAACACCUUCUACGCCGUGUACGAGCUCAAGGUGCAGGGCAGCUGUUUCUGUCACGGCCACGCCUCCAGAUGUGCGUCAGGAAGCAAAUCCUUGCUCACCCCGCGGGGCCCCAGGCCAAGGGCUUACGGACAGUGUGCCUGUGAGCACAAUACCGUAGGCAAGAACUGCGAGACGUGUGCAAGCCUCUACAAUGACCAGCCAUGGAAGCCAGCAGACGAAUACAGUCCCAACGUGUGCAAGAAGUGCAACUGUAACAACCAUUCACAGAAAUGCCACUUUGACGCCGCGGUGUACCAGGCCAGCGGGGGUGCCAGCGGAGGAGUCUGUGAUGACUGUCAGCACAACACCAUGGGGAAGAACUGUGAGAGGUGCAAACCCCCCUUCUACCGACACCCUCAGCGAGAUAUCAGUGCCGUGGAUGCCUGUGUGGCUUGUGACUGUGAUCCCUCGGGUUCGGUUGACGGCGGGAUGUGUGACCCUGUGACACAACGGUGCAGGUGCAAGAAGAAUGUGGAGGGAGCUCGGUGUGACCGCUGCAAAGCUGAUUUCUACGGACUGGAUGCCAGUGACCCUGCGGGCUGUCGGAGAUGCACGUGCAAUGGGCGGGGUUCUCAGGCGGGAGGGCUCUGCAGCCCGACAACGGGCCAGUGCGCCUGCCUCCCCAACGUGGUGGGCUCCAACUGCGACCGGUGUGCCGAGGGCUUCUGGAACCUGAGGAGUGGAGUUGGCUGCACUCCCUGCAGCUGUGAUCCUACAAACUCCUACAGUCAGCGCUGCGAUGAGGUUACAGGUCAAUGCCCCUGCCGAACAGCCAAUAGUGGGAGGACUUGCAGCCGGUCAGAUCUGCAGGCAUGCCCAGAUUACUACUACCGUCUGGGGACAGAAUGCAUGCGAUGUGACUGUGACCGUCACGGCUCUGAGACUGCCAUGUGUGACAAGAGUACAGGUCAGUGCCUGUGUCGGCCAGGGAUUACGGGCAGAUGUUGCAACGAGUGCCAGCGUGGUUACUGCUCUGACUUCCCGAACUGCAAGCAGUGCCACCCGUGCUUCCAGAUGAUGGACAACGAGCUGGGCACAAUCACCAGGCGGCACAAGGCCCUGCUAAACGUCAAGCUGCCAGGUGAAGCGAGCAGUCAGUACAACGGUGAGAUUAGUGCACUGGAUAACAGGCUGCAGCAAAUCCAGGCAAUCAUCAGCAACCCUGCCGUGAGAAACAGCACCAUCACAGAAGUGUACGACAACCUUCAGCACCUCAGAUUGGUGUCAAGCAACAUCAACACUGACUUCAGUAAUGUGGAUCAAAGUUUCCGGCUGCAGAGAGAACUGGAUGAGCUGAAGAGUGACAUGAGAGACAUGGAGAGCCAAGUGCAGAUGAAGAGGGAGCAGGUGGACCGCUACAUUGCUGAAGGCUCUGAGGGCAAUCAAGGCACCUUCACAAGCAUUCUCUCCUCGUAUCAACGCUCCCAGGGAGCCAAAGACCGAGUCACUGCCGUCGAACCCACUAUCCUUAAAGCUCGAGAUGCUCGCUUCACCGCAAAGAACCUUGAGACGCAACUAAGCAGAGACAACAGGGACAAGCUGCAGGUGCUGAAGAAUGGUCUGAAGACCCCGGACGUCUUGCCGCUCAUCCACAAGGUCUGUGGUGACUCCAGGAAAGAGCCCUGCACUGCAGAGCGAUGCGUGGGGGAGCUAUGUCCGCAGUUCUGUCAGGGCAGCAACUGCCAGGGUGCCCUUCAGCUGGCACGCAAAGCGAUCGAAGACGCUGAGAGAGGAAGUUCCUCCAUCCCAGGUGUCACCAACAGGAUUGCCGAGCUCUCCCGCAAGCUUGAAGAUACUGAACAAAUGGCUCAGAGGAUUAAGGGCAAUGCCUUAGGUCUGACAAAUCGAGUUGUCUCAGCCAAGGAUCAGAUGCAAAAUAACCUCGCAAACAUCAAGAACCUUAUCAGCCAAAUCAAAGACUUUCUGACAACAGCCCAGGCCGACCCAGAUGAAAUUCAGAAGAUUAGUGAAAGCGUUCUUUCGCUCAGGCUGCCCACGGACGCCGCCACCAUCCGAAGCAAGAUCAACACCUUGCGCAACAUCGCAGCCAGCCUUCCUGACGUCACCGACAUCCUGGCGGAUACCCAGGAGGAUGUUGAAACAGCCAAGGCCCUGCUUAAUGAAGCACAGAGAGCCAGGGAACGAGCUGAUGAAGUGAAGGACAACAUUGGUGAAGCUCGUGAUGCUCUGCGAGACGCUAACGAUGCCCUGGGGAAGGUGAACGAUAAGAUCGGUGACAUCAGAGAGGCCAUCACCUCUACACAGGAUCGUGUCAGAGAGACCGAGGACAAGCUGAUGAGUACAGAGGCCAGCCUGCAGGACAUGACUGCACGACUGAGAGGUCUUGCUGGUCAGAUCAACAGCCUGCUGACACAGAACAAGGCAAAUCUGCAGAAAGCCAAUGAGCUGGAGUGGACUGCUAAUAAUGCAUAUGGCAUGAGGGAGGAGGCUCAGCAGGGUCUGAAACUUCUCCUUGCUGAGUAUGAGAAACUUCGAAAUAAGGUUCCAGAACCUCUCCCGCAGGACAUAAUGGACCGAGUCAAUCGGAUUAAAGUUGAGGCUGGACAGUGUCUUAAAAAGUAUGAGGAUUUAAUGGCAAAGAUUAAAGGAACCGAACAGAGACUUGCACAGGGAGCCAAGCAACUGGAGAGCAAGUCUGCACAGCUAGAAGAUCAUCAGAAUAAAGUAGCCAAGAUCAAGGAGUAUAUUGAAUCUCAAGCACGGUACUACAGACAAUGCACACCAUAACGCUACAUGGACAUCGCGUGAGGCUUGCUGAAGAGCUUCUUUGUUUCUGAAGAUUCAAAAUUCAGAUUAGGGUUUGGAAUACGAGACUCUGACUUUGCUUUAUUCAAAAAUAACUUUGUCCCAAGCAGUUUUUUUUUAAAAAAAACAUCCAUCGUGAAUAUUUUCAUUCUCACUUGCAUUUCUCCACUUUUUUUUAACUGGAAUGUGUUCAAUUUUGUUUUGUGGGUAGCAAAUGAAAAGCUUUCUAUUGGAAGCUAAUUACACAGUGUUGUAUUAACUUAUUAAAAUGCAAUAAAUUUAAAACAAUCAGC